AUUCUAGCUAGGAAAAUGUUCGAAGAGUUCGGUGACGUGUAUCAAAUCAACGUGCUUCGUGACAAGAUGACCGGCACUAGUAAAGGUUGCUGUUUUGUGACGUUUUACACCCGCAAGUCUGCCCUGGAGGCCCAAAAUCUUCUCCACAAUAUCAAAACUCUUCCUGGAAUGCAUCAUCCAAUUCAAAUGAAGCCUGCUGAUACUGAAAACAGAUUGGAUCGCAAGCUGUUUUUGGGGAUGCUGUCCAAGCGCUACACAGAGCAGGAAGUGCGCUUGAUGUUCUCUCAGUUUGGCACCAUCGAGGACUGCUCAGUGUUACGAGACAGCAACGGUCAGAGCAAAGGCUGUGCCUUUGUCACAUUCAGUACAAGAUCCAGUGCCAUCAACGCUAUUAAGAAGCUCCAUCAUUCUACCACCAUGGAGGGCUGCAACCUUCCGCUGGUUGUAAAGUUUGCUGACACUCCCAAGGAGAAAGACCAGAAAAAGAUGCAACAACACUCGCACAAUUUCUGGAAUGCAGCCUCAACCAACACUCUGGCUGCUUUAGGACCCCAUUACCUAUCAGUGAGUUCACAAGUUAGCCUAAGAGGUUUGUCAGGAAUUUAUUUCUCACAAGCUUUAUGGCGAGUAAAUACGGCCGUACUAUCAAAAAUAUCACAGAACUCUAUGGUAGGACAACAUCAAGUUUAUGAUACCAGUGGCGGUGGCUUGCUUGGUGGUGGCAACGGCGGCGGUGGCGGGGGAGGCUCGGCUGGAUCUGGUCAGGACACUUCAUCUCUGCAGUCUCUGCUAGCCAGCCUUACCUCCCAGCACUCUGGUUUGACCAACUUGACGAAUGUGACGAACUUAGCAGCGCUUGCAGCUUUGGCUGCUGGCAACCACACAGGACUGCAGGCCCUCACACAGCCCGGUCAGUGCACUCACACAAAUAAUGGCAUUCAGUGCCUCCUGCCCGCGAACAUUAUUGCGUGUGCCCUCAACCCCAACCCUUCCAACCCUGCUGGUAAGCAAGUGGAAGGCCCCCCGGGAGCAAACUUGUUCAUCUAUCACUUGCCUCAAGACUUCGGCGACUCCGAUCUUGCCCAGUGUAGCGGACCAACCUCUCCAAGUGUUUCGGUGAGUCUUCAUUGAUAAGCGGACCAACCUCUCCAAGUGUUUCGGUGAGUCUUCAUUGAUAAGCAGACUAACCUGUCCAAGUGUUUCGGGUUUGUUUCGUAUGAAACAGCAGCAGAGGCCCAGAACGCCAUCACGAGCAUGAACGGCCAGCAGGUCGGCAACAAGAGGUUGAAAGUUCAGUUGAAGCGGCCUAAGGACGGCCGCCCUUACUAGCGCGCUUCCUGCGCCGGUCGCUCCCAUAG